UUGUAUUAUUUUGGCCCAAACGGACUUCCAUACAUACUGCGGUGAAAUCACUUGACCGGUAGUUGGCAGGUCAUAUGACCAAACAGACGUCUUGCGACACCUUCUCGUCUGACAGACAGCGUACUGUAACAGCCAAUACAAUGAGGCUGGUCAUUCUGGAUGAGUAUGACCUGGCCAGUGAGUGGGCAGCCAAAUAUAUCCGCAACAGAAUCAUCCAGUUCCAGCCCUGUGCUGAGAGAUACUUCACUCUGGGUUUACCCACAGGGAGUACUCCAUAUGGCUGUUACCAGAAGUUAAUAGAAUACUACAGAAGUGGAGAUAUUUCAUUUAAAUAUGUGAAAACCUUCAACAUGGAUGAAUACGUUGGUCUGCCUCGUGCUCAUCCAGAGAGCUAUCACUCCUACAUGUGGAACAACUUCUUCAAGCACAUCGACAUCGAUCCGGCCAAUGCUCACAUCCUGGAUGGAAACGUGGAGGACCUGGAGGCUGAGUGUCAGGCUUACGAGCAGAAGAUCGCAGAAGCUGGAGGAAUCGAGCUGUUUGUAGGAGGUAUUGGUCCUGACGGUCACAUUGCGUUCAAUGAGCCAGGUUCCAGCCUUGUUUCCAGGACCAGAGUGAAAACCCUGGCUAAAGACACCAUUGUGGCCAAUGCUCGAUUCUUUGGCAAUGACCUCUCCAAGGUUCCCACCAUGGCUCUGACUGUGGGCGUAGGAACUGUCAUGGAUGCCAAGGAGGUGAUGAUUCUGAUCACAGGAGCACACAAAGCAUUCGCUCUGUACAAAGCCAUAGAGGAGGGAGUGAACCACAUGUGGACUGUGUCAGCCUUCCAGCAGCACCCGCGCACCAUCUUUGUUUGUGACGAAGAUGCCACCCUGGAGCUACGAGUCAAAACAGUCAAAUACUUUAAAGGUUUAAUGCAUGUUCACAAUAAACUGGUGGACCCAGUGCUCAGCAUAAAGGACCAGUAGAACAGAGAUCACUAAGGGAGAGGACUCCUGGAUCCUACAUGAGCAGACCGCCCUAUCACUCACUCUGGUUCUACGCCCGAGGAACUGUUUCGCGGCUGUUUGAGAGCUUAUUGUUCACUCUCAGACUUGAACUGCCUUUGGACAAUGUUAUCUUCAGAUUAUUCAGAUCAUUAAAGGAGAGGUAAUUGAUCAGGUAUCUUGCAUUUUGAUGUAAUCAUGAAACCGCUGCACUCAUCAACAGUGCAGGUUCGAUGUUUAGCACUUUGCAUUUAAUAGAUGAUACCAGUGACUUCGUUUAAUCUCUGCUGGUGGUCUAGGUUGGCCCUGUUCUUUUGUUUUUGGGAAGGUUAGAUUUAAAGUAAUGACAGUAAACAUUUGGCCUUCAUUUUGUUUUGGUGAAUGAAUAAGUACCAUAUACUAUAUAUCUCAUAACUUUUCUUUAUGUUACAGGUUUUUCAUCAACGAUUAAUCCCCUAAUUAGCGAUAGCCCGCAGGCAGCAGAUACCACAUGUUUAUUGGUAAUAUCUUUUCACCAGUGAGUGUUUAUGGAACUGACUUAACUCAAAUGUAAUGAAAAGUGACCUUUGACGUUGGUCAAACUGUUGCUUUUGCAUUUCUGUAUCCAAGGAGUGUGAACCGUAGUGGCUGCCUGCCUGACACUACACUUUCAGUACAACACGCUGUUUAAUGUCACAGAAUAAUCUCACCUCAAGGUACACAUAUUGGCUUUUAACUGUAUCUCAGGUUAUCACAGUAGGGAGCUCCAUCACCGCUAUAUGUAUUGCCAAGGAUCCGUUAUAUUACGAAGACAUGAAGCAACUGCCAGCGUGAUACGAUUCACCCAGGGUUCCCACGUGUCCCAGAGAGUCUGGAAUUUAAAGACAAGUUUUCCAGUCAUGCAAGCAUUGGUUAAAAUGACCAAAUAUCCUGCAAAGGAUCCUGGAACUGAGCCCCUCACUAAGAUCGCCUGCAUAACCGAGGUGUAUAUGUAGUUUGAAACUGGAUUGUUGGUGUGUUGACAACUUUUGCACAGGUUCACCAGCUGCAAAGUUGAAGUGAGUUGCAGCGAUCUUUUUCAUAUCAAGUCUAUUUUUCCAGAGCUGUGAGUGAAAUUCUCAGUCAAUUAGCUUGAAACCGCAGCUUAUAGGACAGUUUGUAUGCAAGUGCUGUCCUGUUUUGUCAAGAAGAACUCUUGGGAAAUGAUUUGUGAAAAAGAGUGGGAACCCUGUUCACCCCUAUUCUGAUGCAGUGCCAUUUGAUUUAACACAAUACAAUAUGAUGCAGAAGAAUAUGAUGCUAUACAAUUCAAUAUGGUACAGAGAGUGUGAUUUGAUAUGCAAUUAUUGGUCACAUUUCUGCACAAUAAAGGCACAGGGCCCCAUCCAAUAAUUAUAUAUGAAUAAAUUAUCCCAUGCACACUUUUUUAAUGAUCACAUCUUAACAAUCACAUCUAGAACUUUCAUGCAAAUCAGUGAAUCUUAUUGUUUCCUCGUUGUCCUCCCAGAUACGAAACUUCAAUCACAUGAUAACGGGGUUGUAUAUGGAGGGAGGUGGUAACUUUUCAGUAACCUUUUGGCAGUGCACGCUGUGUGAGGGUUUUUGGUGUUCACAGAACGCUGAUGUUUGCAGGAUGUUGUGACCUGUGGUUAAAAGCUGCAUACAAGAUAGUAAGUGAACCUUGAGUUGAGAUUAUUUUGUAUCAGUGUUUCCAUCAGGUUAUUUUAAAGUGCAUUGCGAAGUAUCGCAUUAGAAAAUGCUGAUGGAAAUGGCAGAAUUAGAAAAUUACGUACACUUUAAGUGUUUUUUGCCUUUUUUCACCAAGAGUUCACCACCUGUAGACUACUGUCCUGUGCGUGCAAAGUGAUGCUUAACUGUCAGUACUGUUGUAGUAUCAGAAACAGUGUUAAGUAGAACUUGAUGACAUUAUUUACGCCAGUGACUAUCAGUUUAUUACUUUCAAAGUUCCUGUCGAAUGCAGCAGCAUCUAGAUUCAUGAUUCCUCUGUUCAAACACGAUUUGUUUGUAAAGAGUGAUCAGGUUCCAUCGUCAGUGUUACAACAUUCCUUUUUUGGUUUUUCUUAUUCUAAUGACACUCCUGUUUAUCAGGCUGUUACAGUUCUGACUUCUACUCAGUGUUUUUGUACGUAUACUGUAGUUUUUAACUCUUUAUUUUCUAACAAUAAAAAACACUUUGUUUAGAA